GUGUUUUGUUUUGUUGUUGUUGUUGAUGUUUCCAAUUCUCCACCCAAGGGAUCCAGGGGCUCCUUUGGCCAGCAGUUCUCUGGUAGAGGUGUAACUUGCUGGAGAAAAGUCAGGGGAGAGGGUACAUGUUUGUAUGAAAACUAAAUGCAUUUCCCAGAUCAUGAUACAUGCUCUUGCACCCACAGAACCAACAGGGCCCAGGCUUCCUUUGACAAACUUUGUUCAGCCCUUAGAAACAAAGGCUCACUUUUACCCCGAGGUAAACUUUUUAAGAUUGAGAUACACAGGACACUUAGGAUGGUUUUUUUAAAGAAAUAAAUCAAUAUGAUCCCUUUCUACUGUUACAAAUAACUAUGACCACUCAAAACAAAUAUGAAAAAAAUUUGUAAGUGAACUGGAGUAAAAUCUUCGUGGUAGAAAGAGGGAGAUGCAGAGGGAAGGGGGGCAGAAAGAAAUAGCAACAGACCGUGAGAGAAACGGUAGAGGAAAGAAAACAGGAGGGAAAAGGAAGAAACGGGUAAGGAACGGUGGGGGACGACUAGGGCAGAAGAGAAGUGCUAAUAAAGGAAAGUCCCUCUGCAACUCGGUAGGAUCCACCUCUAAAGGGACCCAGCCGGACAGAUGCCCACCGGGCGAAGUCGGGCGGAUAGGCUCCCCCGGUACUCUCCUGCCCGGAGCGCCCCCAGGCCCGGCGCGCCUCGGGACAGGAGCGCGGCCCAAUGGUUCUCUCCGGGCCCGCCCCCUCGCUCGCUGAUUGGUUGCUGCCGCGCUGGCCUUGCCUUAUUAACAAGUUCUCAGGGGAGCGGCGGCGGACCCGGAGCCGGCCAGUGCGCCCGGGAACUCGGCCUGCGCGGCGUAGGGAUCCAGGCCCAGCUCGCCGGAGCUGGCCUUUGGGGGAGCCGCAGGAGGCUCGCGCGGGAGGGCCGGCCGGGCCAGGGCCCCGGGAGCUCGCAGAAUCCGGCCGCGCUCCCAGCCCGCCCAAAACCCAUGCUCCAGGGCUGGCCCGAGCUGCGGCUGGAGUGGGGGUCCGGCUCUGCAUGGCCCCGGCUGCUGCAAUGACUUCUUUGCCGCUCGGUGUCAAAGUGGAGGACUCCGCCUUCGGCAAGCCUGCCGGGGGAGGCGCUGGUCAAGCCCCCAGCGCUGCUGCGGCCACGGCGACCGCCAUGGGCACAGAUGAGGAGGGGGCCAAGCCCAAAGUGCCCGCUUCGCUCCUGCCCUUCAGCGUGGAGGCCCUCAUGGCUGAUCACAGGAAGCCCGGGGCCAAGGAGAGCGUCCUGGUGGCCUCCGAGGGGCCUCAGGCAGCGGGUGGCUCGUUGCAGCACUUGGGCACCCGGCCCGGGUCGCUGGGCGCCCCGGACGCGCCCUCCUCGCCGCGGCCUCUGGGCCAUUUCUCAGUCGGGGGACUCCUCAAGCUGCCAGAAGAUGCUCUGGUGAAGGCCGAGAGCCCCGAGAAGCCAGACCGGACCCCGUGGAUGCAGAGUCCCCGCUUCUCCCCGCCCCCAGCCAGAAGACUGAGUCCCCCGGCCUGCACCCUACGCAAGCACAAGACCAACCGCAAGCCCAGGACGCCCUUCACCACCGCGCAGCUGCUGGCUCUGGAGCGCAAGUUCCGCCAGAAGCAGUAUCUGUCCAUCGCUGAGCGCGCCGAGUUCUCCAGCUCGCUCAGCCUCACCGAAACGCAGGUGAAGAUCUGGUUCCAGAACCGCCGCGCCAAGGCCAAGAGACUGCAGGAGGCCGAGCUGGAGAAGCUGAAGAUGGCCGCGAAGCCCAUGCUGCCGCCCGCCGCCUUCGGCCUCUCCUUCCCUCUCGGCGGCCCUGCUGCGGUAGCCGCGGCGGCCGGCGCCUCGCUCUACAGUGCCUCUGGUCCCUUCCAGCGCGCUGCGCUGCCCGUGGCGCCCGUGGGACUCUACACGGCCCAUGUAGGUUACAGCAUGUACCACCUGACAUAGGUGGGUCCAGAAUCGCCUCCCUGUGGUGCCACUACCCCCGCCCCCAGCCACCUCUUCUAGUAGCUGGAGUCCUUCCUAGGAAGCUCCGCUGCCCACCACCACCUGCCCCUUCUCUUAAAACCCCCUGCUACAGUUCCUCCAGUUCCUUCCUACUGUUCUCCGACUCUGAUCCCAUCUAAGGGGGAGAAAGUGGCUUUCGGAAGGGUUUGGAUUCUUCGAGAGAAUCUAGAUUUACACCCGCGAGUUAUAGAUGUGGAAAUUAAGGGCACAGAGGCCAAGAGAUUUAUCCGUGGUCCCCGGCAGAAUUAGAGCCGGGUUGAAGGAGACUAGAGGCCAAAGGGACUAGAGGCCAUGACUCCAUCAGCUGCUUCCGGUCCUGGAGCCAGGCUGGACUUGCGCAGAGAAAUUGCUGUUUGGUGCUUCGGGAAACGAACACGGUCCUGUAGAAAGCAAGGAGCCCAGCUCCUUCCACUCUCAAACUCCCAAGAGCUUUAGCAGCAAAGCAUUGCUCUGAGGGGGCAGGGCGCGUGCUGGUGCUUUAUAAAGGUAGGUUGAAGAGAAUUUCCCAGGACCAGGAUAAAAAAAAGUAAGAAAGAAAAACAAAAUCUGUUUCUAUUUAACAGUACAUUGUCGCGGCUCUCGAACAUCCCUUUUGAAGGGAUCGUGUGUACUAUGUAAUAUAUUGUAUAUUUGAAAUUUUAUUAUCAUUUAUAUUAUAGCUAUAUUUGUUAAAUAAAUUAAUUUUAAGCUACAA